UAGGUUUCCAGCCGAAUCUGCUCUUGGCGCACCAUCACUUCCGUUUGUUCAACAAUAAAGUCGGACCCCGGCGGAAUUUCCUUCGCGGGUCAAUUUUUAGAUUUCUCUGGUGUAAUCCGAGUUAAAUCGGAGCCAUCAGAACUGCAACCAUGACGGUUGGCAAAAGCAGUAAGAUGUUGCAGCACAUCGACUAUCGUAUGCGAUGUAUACUGCAAGAUGGACGUAUCUUUAUUGGGACGUUCAAGGCUUUCGACAAACACAUGAACCUCAUCUUGUGCGACUGCGACGAGUUCAGAAAGAUCAAGCCCAAGAACUCCAAACAGCCUGAACGUGAGGAGAAGCGAGUACUGGGUCUGGUCUUGCUCAGGGGAGAGAACCUGGUCUCCAUGACCGUGGAGGGACCCCCUCCCAAAGAUACUGGCAUUGCCCGCGUCCCCCUGGCUGGUGUGGCUGGAGGCCCUGGUAUUGGCCGUGCAGCAGGCCGAGGAGUGCCAGCCGGAGCACCAAUGCCCCAGGCGCCCGCAGGGUUGGCAGGGCCAGUCCGAGGUGUUGGUGGCCCAUCACAACAGGUGAUGACUCCACAAGGCCGUGGCACAGUGGCAGCAGCUGCAGCAGGUGCCACUAUUGGCGGCGCCCCCACACAGUACCCACCUGGCAGGGGAGGACCACCCCCACCUGUGGGCAGAGGAGCUCCACCUCCAGGUAUGCAUGGUAUGAUGGGUCCUCCCCCAGGCAUGCGUCCACCCAUGGGCCCUCCGAUGGGAAUGCCUCCAGGCCGUGGCGCCCCCAUGGGUAUGCCCCCUCCAGGCAUGAGGCCCCCGCCCCCUGGCAUGAGAGGACCCCCACCCCCAGGAAUGCGUCCCCCCAGGCCCUGAGCAGAGUCUACCAGGAAGUCAUCAUGUGAAAGUUGUCUUGAACGAGGAUGUGAAAUCUUGAAUGAGGCUGUUGUAUAGUUUGAUUUUUGUAUCUUGUGUUUUUUAAAUAAAAUGUGUCUACGACUUUG